CAGUGUUUUUGUGAGGUUAUGUCAUGUUCGUGCAAAACCCUAAAACAAACUUAACAGGUUUUGUAGUUCAUUUCGUGAAGUAAAUAAUUCGAUUUUAUUUUAAUUUAUUCAUUUUCUCCGACAUGAGACCUAAAAUUGUCUGAAACUAUGUCUAUCGAUUACUCCUGGUGGAAAAAGCCACCGUCGAUUGUCGAAGAUACCGACGAUGUACUUCGACUGUUUGUACUGGAACCUAUCAUCUCUCUAGAUGAGCCUGUCCCUCAUUUUUGUUCGCGCAAACCAACAAUAGAGUCCUUGUUUCAUUUGCCUCAGGCCCCAGCCAGUACUCGCGUGGUGCCGGAACGAAAUCAAGAAAAUGGAAAUAUAUUAGAUUUUGUUGAAAUUGCAUUAACAAAUGCUGGUAGUAAUGCUCGAAAUUCAAUGUCUUUGCAAAGAGAGCCUGGUUCAGUAUCAGAUUCUACAAAGGGAUCGGCAUCAAACUUCCCUUUUUGGCCAGGUGGUUUUGAUGAACCAGACGAAACACUUCAAAUGAUAGACGUUGAAAACACCGUAUUUGAAGAAAACAUGAAAACCUGCCCUCCAGGAUUUUCCAAUGGGCUAAAUUUUCAAGUAUUAGAAAGCACACAAAAUGGAAUUGUAGAUCUUAUAUCAGCAGUCGAAAAUGAUUUUGAUGAUUUAGCUAUAUGGAUUUCAGAUGACAGUAAAAGUAAAGAUAAACCUAAAAUAAAACCUGACCUGGAAAAUGCUAAUUUGAAAGAAACUGAAUAUGACGUCAUAGUGGAUACAGUGGUACAGACAGAAAAGGUACUUAAAAUAUCGAACGUUGAUAGAAAUUCGAUUACAUCAGUAGAAUGGGCUGAACUGCUGGAUGUAUCUAAACCGGUAUCAGAUUUCAAUAGUAAAAUUCCUGAUAUGGCACACGAAUAUAGCUUCGAAUUAGAUAUUUUUCAAAAACAAGCGAUAAUCAAAUUAGAAGAGCAUAGUCACGUGUUUGUUGCUGCUCAUACAUCAGCCGGAAAGACAGUUGUUGCGGAAUAUGCUAUCGCACUGUCUAAAAAACAUAUGACUAAAACAAUUUAUACGUCACCAAUUAAAGCAUUAUCUAAUCAAAAAUAUCGCGAUUUUAAAACUACAUUCAAAGAUGUUGGCUUGAUUACUGGUGAUAUCCAAAUCGAUCCUACUGCAUCUUGUUUGAUUAUGACUACAGAGAUUCUUCGGUCUAUGUUGUAUUGUGGUAGCGAUAUAACACGUGAUUUAGAGUAUGUUAUAUUCGACGAGGUUCACUAUAUAACGGAUGCAGAUCGUGGCCAUGUAUGGGAGGAAGUUCUCAUCCUAUUACCUGAUCAUGUUUGUAUAGUAAUGUUGAGUGCAACAGUGCCUAACACUCUUGAGUUCGCAAACUGGGUUGGAAAGACAAAAAAGAAGCGCGUCUUUGUCGUUAGUACUCCAAAGAGGCCUGUGCCUCUUAAACAUUAUCUUUAUACAGGUUGCGGAGGAAAGUCAAAGGAUGAUAUUUUUCUCAUAGUCAAUGAACAGAACACACUACUGAUGGAUGGCUACAGGAAAGCUAAAGAAUCCAUCGCAUUGAAAGUAUCUAAGAAUCAAAAUAAAAAUAGUCGCCCAGCAAUGUAUAAUCAAAAACAGGAACAAACACUUUGGGUAGGACUAAUUGAUCAUCUACAGAAAAACGAUAAAUUACCAGUAGUGGCAUUCACUCUUUCUCGCAACCGGUGUGAUAAUAAUGCUAAUGCUCUUAUGUCGUGCGAUCUUACAACGGCACGAGAAAAAUACCGCAUCACAUCGUUUUUCCAACUAUGUUUGCAGAAACUAAAACCUCCGGAUCGAAUUCUUCCACAGGUUAUACAGGUGCAGAAUUGCCUCCAACGCGGAAUUGGAAUUCAUCACAGUGGAAUACUGCCAAUUUUGAAAGAAAUAGUUGAAAUGUUAUUUGCGCGAGGCCUAGUCAAGAUAUUAUUUGCAACAGAGACGUUUGCCAUGGGCGUGAACAUGCCUGCUAGAACGGUAAUUUUCGAUUCGACGAAUAAAUUCGAUGGUCAAACGUCCCGCAUCUUGCGGUCAGCGGAAUAUACUCAGAUGGCCGGUCGUGCUGGGCGACGUGGGUUAGAUCCAAACGGCACAGUUAUCAUAUUAUGCAAAACAGCUAUACCCGAAGAAAGUGAUCUGAGAAAUAUGAUUCUGGGUAAACCGAUGCGAUUGGAAUCACAAUUCAGAUUAACGUACGCAAUGAUUUUGUAUCUCUUGAGAGUUGAGUUGGUCACUGUAGAAAACAUGAUGAUGCACAGUUUUAGAGAAUUCGGGAAACAGUUAAAGCUGCCAGAGAACAAAUCUGAACUGAGUAUGAUGGAAGAACGAAUAUCGAAGUUGAAUAAGUUAGGUGAUCAUUUAGAGCCAUUAUGUAAAUUUUACGAUGCUGCGAAACAAUAUCUAGACAUGAGAGUUGACAUAAUGCCAUUUAUAUUCCUAUCUCAAAAAAAUAAUGAAAUGAAACCUGGCCGCGUUGUGAUAGUCACAUUAAAACAUCACUACAACAAACUAGCAGUUUUAUUGUCCGUAGUCCCCCACGAAAAAAAAUCUGCAAGCUUUAAAGUACUUGUGUUAGACCACCAAUUCCCAGUUAACUUUGAAGGAGACAAUUUAGAACGAGGAAAUACGUGGCAUCGAAUGUUGGCAUUGUCGGCUCGAUUUAGCCAAUUUAUUCCGGAAGGUGUAGGAGGUCAUAGUGUAUUGCAAAUCACAGUGACAGACAUAGAUGAUGUUACCAAGCAUACUAUCAAGUGUGAUCCCAUAAAAAUAAUUCAAAAUUGGGAUAACCGACAGAUACCUAGAUUCAAAGAUCAACCUCCCUCGCAGUCUGUUUUGGAUGUAGUUGCAGCACUGAGUAAACUAAACUCUGAUAUAAACAAUGGAAAAAUCAAAUUAGAGAGUUUGAAAAUCCAAUUAACGUUGGAUCAACUUAAGAAAAGUGAAGCAUUAAAAAAGGCCAGAGAACAUCUACAAAAAUUCGUUCCUUAUACAGAUAUUAGUGAUUUUAUGUCUGACUUUGCUACUGUGUAUGACCGCAAGCAACUAGAAAAGAAGCUAGAAGAGUUAAAAUAUCAGGUGUCCUACAAGAGCCUGUCGUUGUAUCCAGAUUACUGCAACAAGCUAAAAGUUCUUCAGGAUCUAAGAUAUAUUGAUGAUAUGCAACAAGUGGCUAUGAAGGGUCGUGUAGCUUGUGAAAUGGGUCAAAAUGAGUUGAUAAUAACCGAAUUGGUGCUUCGGAAUAUUCUUACUGACAUGCAACCUGCCGAGAUUGCCGCUCUUCUUUCUAGCUUGGUAUUUCAAGCAAAGACGGAUGUAGAUCCUAAAAUGACCGAACCAAUGGCAAAGGCGAAAGAGCUAUUUGAAGAAGUUGACAAUGAUAUCCGCAGAGUAGAACAAAUGUAUGGAAUUAACGACAUUCAGGAUAAUGAUAAACUAAAUUUUGGUUUGGUAGAAGUGGUUUAUGAGUGGGCUCGGAACAAACCAUUCGCCGAAAUAAUGGAACUGACUGACAUUAAAGAAGGUAUUAUAGUGCGUUGCAUCCAACAGCUGAAUGAAACGUUAUGUAACGUGAAAGAUGCAGCAAGAAUAAUCGGAGAUCCAGUACUUCACAGUAAAAUGGAGGAAGCAUCUAAUGCAAUAAAACGAGAUAUUGUUUUCGCUGCUAGCUUAUAUACUUCUAGCACUCCGAUGGAUAUUGAAAAUGAUUAGGGUUAGAUACUAUUUGAAUCAAAGAUUUCUGUUUGAAGAUUUAUUUUCUACGUUCAUAAAUGUUUACAACCACAUAA